AUGUCUACACAUGACGAAAAAUCACUUUUUUCUAUCCUUUGCAGCGAGAAGUGGUCAUGGGGAGAGUGGGUGGGCCCGGACUACAUCCAAUUCUCGCCUGAUGGCACAGGUGAAGUUGUUCUCUACGGACAAUUCUGGCCGUAUCUUGCUCUUGUCUUUACCUGGGGCGCUUCGGACAUUCUUUCGCAGCAGAUAACCCUCCACCCCGGCCCUGAACCCGGCGCCGAACCUCGCACGCUCGCUCGCUUCUCUUUCACAGUUAAACUCACCCGACGCUGUGCACCAUCCUGGGAACCAUGGUUCGUGGAUCGCGAAAAGCAUAAUGCACCUCUCCUUAUAGACGCAGCCUUUUCGCCGCGCAAGCUCAAUGUCUCACUCGAGGAAGGACAUUUUCCUGCACCAGAGGAGGCGCUGGGGAUGGAAACCACAGAUGCCAGACAAACUUAUCGAUGCGGUCGCUUUGCCCUACGGUUGUGCUUCGACGAGUCGCCAUUCCCGCGAGAGUCGGACUGGAAGGAGUUCCCCGGUCCUGGCAGCAACCGACAGAGUUGGUUAUGGCAUACCUUUGUAAACCGCAAGCUGUCUAGACGACCCGAAGAUAGUGAUUUUUCGUAG